AUGCGUCUGCUCAGCUCGACACGGUUGCAACUCUUGCGUAGGGCAACAGGCUACACGCCUCGUCUCGCCCUACCUGCCCGCAACUACGCAUACGUGAGCAACGUGGACCCGUCCCGACACGACGGCUCGACGCAGCAACCCGCAGAGGAUGCCCCGGAAUCAGAGACGAUAGACGAAGAAGAGGAGAAGAUUGUCGAGGUCCAGUGUUAUCCGCAAGUCCCGCUCUGGGAGCGCGAGAUUAUCGAGGACUAUUUUGGCGACACGAGGUUCCAUAAACAAUACUUCUCGCAGCGACUGACCAACCAGCAGGCCGAAGCGUUGAAACGGUUUGUCUUGGGCGAGACCAACAAUGCAGUAAAGACGGCCGAGGCGAUGGCGUCGGAAGUGCAGGGGCUCCAAGCGGGAGACGACUACGACGAAGCGCUCGGCAGGGCUUGGGUCUCCAUCAACGGAGUGGCCUGCGAUCUGCCAUACAGGCAGCCGCAGCUCGCGAAGCUCCUCAACGCCAUGUACAGCCUGGGCGACACCCUGAGGCCCUGGAGCGAAGACGAGGACCUGCCCAACAUUGAGUGGGCAAAUGCCGGCCUGUCCUGCGUGGAGCAUAACCUCCUGCACCUCGUCUACCAUGGAUACCUCCUCCCAAGCCACCACCCCGCGGGGAAAGGUUGGCCCAUGGCUCAAACAACAAACGUCUACACGUGGGUGGCAAACAUGUACCGUAGCAGCGAGUACCCUGAGAUCAACAGCGUCGCUAUAUUGAUGUGCCACCUGGUCAGCCAUUGUGUAAUGGCCAACUUUGACGACGAGACGGCCCCGCCGGACGACUACCCCGAGAUUCUCGCGGGCGCUGCUCUAUACUUUACGGUUGGGGGCGCCUAUUUCAUGGCCCGCCUGUGCCAGGAAGGCAGGCCGCUGAUGGGCGACCCGCGGGACAUGAUCACGAUUGAGCGGUGGCGAAGCUGGGAGGUCAAGUUGAGAGAGGUGGCGGAGGCAUCUAGAAAAGGUCGGUUGGAUGCUUGGAUUGGGAAGCAUAUCGAAACUGGCUUGAAGACGAUGGAGCAGGCAAUGGACUGGGCGAUAAAGGAGGCGAUGGAGGAAGCGAAGAAUGUAGAGGGGAACAAGGGCCAAAAUGCACGGGGAGCCUUUUGA